GGCACCGCGCUCCCGCGCUCUCCUCCCUGUUGCUAUGGAAACAGGGCCGGUCCAGGUGGAGCCACUGGCUGGCGUCUCCCCGGUCACGUGGGAGUCUUCUCGAUAAGGAGCCGGGGAGAAAGCGGCGUCCCUGCAUUCUCAUCAGCGGCGAGUUCAUGGAAACAAGAAGAAGAGAAGCGGACAGCGGGUGUUAUUGAGAGUGAGGCGAAGAGAAGAGUCAUUCAGCGGUUCACUCGCAUCUUCAAGGGAACAGAAAUGAUGCCUGUGGACGUUUUCUGGAAGAAAACAGAUUGUUGUUAAUCCUCACAGUGACGGUUGGCGGUGUUUUGUCUGCGGCAGUGUUUUGUGUUAAUGAAACAGGCUGUUUGGUAGAAGGCACAUCUGUAGAGUGGACUCCCUCUGAGGACCUGGCCAGUCCGCCGGAGGAGGAACACCCAUGGAAAAUGAUGCAUCAUGGAAUCUGAAAAUCUAAACUUUGAGCAACAAUUUCAUGUCGGGAGAGUGAAAGCAUGGGAAGCAGCAGACUGACGCUGAUGAAAAAGAGACUUCCUCUCCUUGUUUCGUUGUGAAUGUUUGACUCUUCUGUUCGUGGACGACACACGCACUUCAAGGACCUGGGGGACGGGACGACUGUGUGUGUUGUGAUGCUUCUUCUCCAUUUCUUUUCUGGUGUCAGUUUUGGUUUCUCCAGCAAGAUCUGUGCUAUCCCAGAAUGGCUCGCUUUGAAGACGAACUGUCCAGCCGCUAUGGAGGCAGCUGUCCCACGGGCCCGGCCAGAGGGGCCAUCCGGCAGCCGGGGCCUCCGGGGGUCCAGAGGAUGUACAAGCAGACGAUGGCCCAGAGAGCCAGGACCAUGGCCAUUUACAACCCCAUCCCAGUCAAACAGAACUGCCUCACCGUUAACCGCUCUCUGUUCAUCUUCAGUGAGGAUAAUAUCAUACGGAAAUAUGCGAAAAAGAUCACCGAAUGGCCUCCAUUUGAGUACAUGAUCCUGGCCACCAUUAUAGCAAACUGCAUCGUGCUGGCCUUGGAGCAACACCUACCGGCCUUAGACAAAACACCGAUGUCAGAGCGUUUGGACGACACAGAGCCCUACUUUAUUGGAAUAUUUUGUUUUGAGGCUGGCAUCAAGAUCAUCGCCCUGGGCUUUGCCUUUCACAAAGGCUCCUACCUGCGUAAUGGCUGGAAUGUAAUGGACUUUGUGGUGGUCCUAACAGGCUGAAGAUGCUCUGGAAGAAUGUCAGGAACACAUACUGUAUGUCAGGAAGGAAAGAGGCAGGGGAAGCCAUGUCUUUCCUCGAGACAUCAACAGCUUUUGUCAGUAGCUGUGGUCUACAGUCGAGGGAAAAGGAGGACAUUUGAGUGGAUAACCAGUUAACAAAUGAAACAAAUUCAACAUAUUACUAUGGGGCAUAACAUUGGUGAGACAGAGGGGGUCCAUUCAUUUGACAUGGUAUGACUUAUCAGAUAUUUUUGGACAGAAUAUACAGCGAUCUAGACUGGAGCAGGAGGAGGCAGAGCAAGUGCAGUCAGGAGAGCGAGGGAGAGAUGACUGCAACUGCAGCUACUGCAGCUCUGCAAUCUACUGCUAAGGCACCCACAAAAGAAAGAGCAGGGAUUUCCUGGAGCAGUAUUUGGGAGGAAAGAUGCAAGAGAACAGCAGCAUGCCGGGGAGCAUGAGAAGAGAGAUGACGUACAUGUGUUUCUCAUGAGAUUGGCUCUGUCUUCAGACAGGCAGGCAUGUCUCAAAGUUAGGAUGCAGGAGAUGCUAAGGAGCAGUUAAGGGAGACCACGGUGCAAAUGGUCAUAUUUCCAUGAGACUUGACCAGCAGGAGAGUGAGUGAAAUACUGGCACCUUCAGUGCCUCAGCUGAUGCUCUGUUCCCUUGAAGACUCCUAAUGGCACUCCUAACCCUAACCCUGCUGUCUACAUCAUCUGCCACCUACUGGACUAUCAUUUUAGCAGUUUAGCAACAUACCAAGUUAACAAUGUAUCUACAUUAUGGCAAAUUAUAUACAGGUCUGCAAGCCUGACAAGUCUGACAUCAUGGACAAAUGGGAGCUGGGCAUUCAUGUAACCUAAAUAUGA